AUGGGACAACCUGCCCACACCAAGUGGGCAUUCUCGUCUACGCACCCAAAUCGGUCAUAUCACCAUAUCCCCCUGGAACAGAGCAAUGCGAUAAGACUGGCAGAGAUUCUUCCAGGUCAGGGUAAUGACAACUUACAAUUGCAACUACAUCAUGCCAAUCUACAAGAUUCUCCCCCUUACGAAGCUUUGUCGUACGAAUGGGCGGGGAAUACCGGAUUGAGACCAGUAAAAUGUGGCUCACAAGAAUUCCAUCUCUCUGCCAAUCUACGAGCAGCACUAAGGCGUCUUCGAUAUGCCAACCAGCGGAGACUGGUGUGGGUGGAUGCUAUAUGCAUUGACCAACACAACCGUCAGGAACGCUCACACCAGGUGUCAAUGAUGAGGGAGAUAUACCGAAAGGCCCAGCGGGCGUUGAUUUGGAUUGGAGAGGAGAAGGAACACACAGGCUCUGCCUUCGAAAUAAUACCGGAAUUGGCGGAGAAUUGGGUUUCUCAAGGAUCGGGGGACGACAUACCUCCAAUCCUAGCACGAGACACAGGGGAACCAACUGCAAACCAGCUUCUAGACCCUUCCAACAACGCCUUAUGGAACUCGAUCAUCGAUGUAUUCACCCGGCCCUACUUUAGACGGACAUGGAUCAUACAGGAAAUUAUUGUCUCCAGCCAAGCGACUGUGAUAUGCGGGAGCUAUGACGUAGACUGGACUUCAUUUCACCGAGCUGCAAAUCACCUCGUCCAGGAUGAGUUUCGCGCAUCUCGGGAACCUCAGCCAUCGACAUUAUUCCUCAUAGCACUUAUCCGGCGCAUCGAGCGAAGGUUUGAGAAAGGGGAUUUACGCUUGCGAACGCUGCUCCGGCAUUUCCGCGCUUCGAAAGCCUUAGACCCCCGUGAUAAAGUAUUUGCGCUACUUGGCCUGGUGUCUCGAAACUGCUCGUCAAACUCCGGCAAUCUUAUCCCUAGUUCUAAUCCAAGUUCACCAGCCCGCGCAAUAAAGGCUGACUACACAAAGGUAAUCGAAGAUGUCUACCAUGAAACAGCCGCAUAUAUUAUCACCGAUGAACAAAACCUAAAACUUCUUACAAACGAAUAUCCACCAAACGCCCGUGAGCUCCAAAACAUGCCAUCUUGGGUUCCCGACUGGUCCGCAAACUCCAAACCCCUCCAUCCGCUAAUCCGCAAAAGCGACCGGCUCAGCACGCUCAUCAAGGGCGACAUCUACUGCACAACCACCUCCCUCCUCGUUAACGGAAACAUAUUUGACACAAUAAGCUACGCUUCAGAAGUCAUAACAUCCUCCAACGCACACUUUAUCCUUCAUAAUCUCAUAAAGCUAAUGAAAGCCAAAACUGGCACGGGCUCCCGCUACCCCGCAACCAACCAGCCCCACAACGAAGCCCUCUGCCGCACGCUAGUUGCAAACAACGCAAUCCUACGCCCAGCUCUGGACGAAACGGAACGCUACUUCUUCUACCUCCUCCGCGACCGCAUGACAACUGUACAAGUUCCCAUCAUCCAAGAGGGCCUCUUCAAUGACCUCGAGUUCCUACUCUGGGCAAACGUCGCGGAAAAAAAUGAGCCGUAUCUGCGCGAGCUGCGUAGGACACUGUAUGAUCGGGCCUUUUUCACGACAAGGAAAGGGUAUAUGGGGAUUGGACCGAAGGGGAAAACAAGGGUUAGGGUUAGGGAUCAGGUGGCGGUUUUGGGUGGGGGCUUUACGCCAUUUAUUCUGAGAAGGAUGGAAGGUGGCACCACUGCUUGUGACAGUGUGGGUGGAGACGAUACGAUGAGUUAUACACUUGUGGGAGAGUCGUAUAUUCAUGGGAUGAUGGAGGGGGAGUUUUUGGAAGAUGGACAGGAUUUGGGAUAUGAGAGGAUUGAGAUUCGGUGA